AAUUGCGAUUAUCCAUAUAUGUAAUGAUCAGUGUUCAAGUGCGCAAGUUUUUCCUUAACAAUAAUAAUGUACACAAAAAUGCUAUCGAUCAGUGAUGACCAUGGAUUUCGUUCAUUAAGUCAUUCUGACUCAACAGAUGCGGAUGUUACAGCUCAGGAUAUACUUACUUGCGGAAUGUGUCAAAAGGCAUUCGCUUUAGCCGAUAUUGUCAAGUUUAUUCAACACAAAGUAUUGCAAUGUAAUAAAGAAAACUAUGGCCAAUGUUCCAAUCAAGCUCCAACCAACGACAGAGCUGAUGGCGAAGAUGGACGGCCUCUGGGCUUAGCGAAUCGGCGACCAUCGAUAUCGUCAGGGCCUAUUACGAGUCGUAAGCCAUCUGCAGGAGGUUCCCGCAUUCAUACCCCACCACCCAGUCCGGCGGAUAUGCUAGCUGAUGGUGCCUCAAGUACCCCUAAACGUUUAGUUGACGAAAAUGAUAACACAACGCCCAAGGAAAUGGAAGCCAGCGCUAGCAGAGAGGAGAACAUUAAAAUCAGUGAUAAUAAUGAGGAUAUACCAAAAACUCUCGCUAGCAUUAAACAAGAACGUAUCGAAGAUGCUGAGAGUGAAAACAUCGAGGAUUGUUACAACGACAACAACAAUAAUAGUAACGAGAACGACGAUGGCCAGCCAGUGACAAAACGACCAAAAAUCGAAUUUGCCGAUGCGGAAUCGAAUACAUUGCAAACAGAGCCCAGCAAUUACACAUGUUCUACCUGCAAAACGCGUCACAACUCUGCUUGGCGUCUUAUUCAACACGUACAACACUCGCAUGGAGUGAAAAUAUAUGUUGAAUCUCCAAAUACUGCGACGUCAAGUGAUGUUACGCAAACGACAUUGGGCUCGCCGGUACUAGGUCAACCGAAAUCGAACAUGCCCAGUGCUAACAAUUGCUCUAGCAGCAGUAAUAAUUUGUUGGAUACAUCGUCUUUAAGUAAUCAGAGUAAGAAUAUUGCGCAACACCAACAGCAUCAACAGCAUCAGCAGCAUCAGCAGUUAUAAGGUUCUGCUGUUGCUGCGGUUGCUGCUGCAGCAGCCGCUGCAGAACAACAGAAACAGCAACAGCAGCAGCAACAACAACAGCAACAGAACAGCCUUACAACUGCGAUGCAGAAUGCACAAAAUUUAGCCGCUGCCGCCGCCGCAGGUAUGCGUCAUCAUGCACUGUUACCACCACCAGAUAUGCAUUCGGCAAAUCCCUUUAAUCUACUGCGAAUGCCCUUGCCUCCAGCUUUAACACAAGGUCCAGUAGUUCCUACGGUGGGUCCGCUAUUUUCUCGCCCUCAUCCUGAUCACUAUCGCAUGGAGCAAUUAGUAUCUGAGCAAUUCCGUCAUCAUGGUCUUAAUUUGGCUGCGGCCGCCGUGGCGGCUGCUAGUUCAUUAGCAGCCCCACGAACACCAACGACACAAUUCAGUCAGCCUCCUAGCGUUCCAGCGGGUACAUCUAUUGAGCAACGUCCUCCAUCUAAUAAUAGUACUCACAGUAGCUCAGUGCCUCCAACUUCAAUUGCACCAUUGGGUGCUCAACCAGCUCCAUCGAAUUCACAAAAUAGCACUCUGUCAAUUGAGCCACAGAUGGAUUUUUACUCGCAGCGAUUGCGACAGCUUGCAGGAACUACCAGUCCUGGAGCUGGAAACAUUGUUAACUCGAGCUCGCCGAGUCCUAGACAAAAGCAAUCGCCUCAUUUUGCGAGCCCAUCUCCGUCACAUCAACUGCCACCUACGCCAGUCACUAAUAAUACGCGACCACAUUCAUUAACCCCACCUGACAAAAGUGAUAUAAUGACUGGCGAAAGUGAUGCCGUUUUAAAUACAACACCGCGCUCAGCAUCAACGCCACCACAUAAGCCCACCCAAGAAUCAACAAUGAAUGCGGCCAUUGUCUAUUCCUGUUCGUACUGUGAGAAAAAAUUCCGUUUCGAAAACAACCUCAUAAUUCAUCAACGUACACACACUGGCGAAAAGCCUUACAAAUGCACAGCAUGCGAUUUCGAAUGUUCUCAUAUUCAAAAAUUAAUGAAACACAUGCGUGUCCAUCGGAGUCCUGCAGAAGAUGGGGGUAGCAAUGCGGGCUCUGUGGACACUAACGAAGGCGAUACGGAGGCAGAGCAAGAACUCGAAGAAGAAAAUCCUGAAGAAGAUAUUGUAGAAGAGGAAGAAGAAGAUGAUCCUGAAGAACCGGAGGAAAUAGACUACGAAGCUGAAGACUUAAGUGUUAGUAAUCGUAUUGAUACGAAAAGUGAAAGUCCUAAGAAUACAAGUAGUAGUGGCCCCACAUCUCUCGUUGGUGAAUUAAUGGACAAGUUUGGUCUUUCCAAUAUCGCUCAAUAUUCGGAAGCGUAUAAGCAAGCCCUCCAAGAAUCUGGAAAUUUUAAGCACCUGGCCACAAAAGAUAAUGACAAUAACAGCACAACCAAUUCUUCCAUGCAACAAAUGACGGAUAAAUUAAAUGGGUUUCCCGCUGCCAUCCGUUUGCGCGAAGAGUUUGCGAAAAAUAUGUUUCAAAAACCACAACCUCAAGAUCCGAAUGCCCCACCUACACAAGUACCCAUAUUUAAUCCAUUUCCUAAUCCAUUCGAGUUGACGAAACGAAUGAAAAUGGAUGGAAAUGAUUGGUGGAAUAUGCAGGCUUUGCAUCGAAAUGAUACACUAUUUGAAAAUCUUAAACUGAAACCGUUGGGUCUUGGCUCUGCGAAUUCGCUAUUAACACAAAAUCCGCUUAUGAAGAAAGAAAGUCGCCAGCGUAACGAUACAUGCGAAUUUUGCGGUAAAGUGUUUAAAAACUGUUCGAAUUUGACCGUCCAUAGACGCAGUCAUACGGGUGAGAAGCCGUACAAAUGUGAAUUGUGCUCGUAUGCUUGUGCUCAAAGUUCAAAACUGACACGCCAUAUGAAGACUCACGGUCGCACCGGCAAAGAUGUGUACCGUUGUCGUUUCUGUGAUAUGCCUUUUAGUGUACCCUCGACACUAGAGAAACACAUGCGAAAAUGUGUUGUCAAUCAAGGUAAAGCAGCAGCUGCAGCUGCCAAUGCGGCAAACGCUGUGGCGGCAGCUCAAGCAGCAGCCGCAGCUCAACUUCAAGCGCAAAUGCCCACCCAGCAGCUAUCACCACCGACAAACUCAUCAUUUCCACCCCAGUUCGCGGGCAUCGCUGCGAAUUGUAGCAGCAUCUCCCUGCCUAGCAGCAUCGGUGACAAUGAUUCGAAUGCGUCAACUAGCUUGUCAUCGCAGCAUGCCAUCUCUUUAAAGCAUGAGGCAUGACUUUAUCAAAAUUGGAGCAAUGGUGCAGGAGGUUUUAAUCCUCCCACUCCUACACUCCAGCACCAGCAGCAACAAUCACAGCAACAGCAG